UCUCCCUUAAAAUCAAAAUUAAGAAUAAGAAUUCCUCUGCAUCUUUGAGUACAUUGCAUCAGGUGGGCUUUCGGGUGGAAGAUGAAAUUAAUCUGUGAUGUUAAUCGCUGAAUACAGAGCUAUUUAUGAAGCAGAAGGCAUUGAAUCCGGAGCGUUUUCAGUCCAGACGACGACAAGUUCUCUGUUAUUAGCCUCCUUUCUGCUCAUUGCAGAAAUGAUUUACCGAUCGGAGAAUAUCUCGGAUCAUCCAUAGUCUGAUUUAACCGGAGUAGACAAUGAAGCUCAGCUGUUUCACGGUACGUAGCCUGCAAUGUUUGGUUUUUCCGGUACAAGAUUAGCUUUGAAUAUGAGUGUUUCUCUGUUGCCCUUAAAUGCACAAUUGGGUAUGUUUCGUUUUCAGUCAUUAUUCGUAAUCAUAUCCCUUUCGUCUUCCAUAUCAUCGAAUUUGAAUAAGCACUCAUUAGUGGUCUCAUAUCUCGUUAAUUCAUGUGGAUUGACCCUAAAAUCUGCUCAGUCUGCCACUAACAAUAAGAAUAUAAGUUUCUUUUUUCAAUCUGCUGAAAGAUUAGACUCAGUGCUUAGAUUUCUCAAGGAACAUGGAUUCACCAAUUCCCAAAUCUCCAAAAUUGUUGGGGAUCGGCCCCAGGUGCUUUUAGCACACCCAGAAAAGACGCUCUUGCCCAAGUUCGAGUUUCUGCGUUGUAUAGGGGCUUCAAGGUCGGACAUUUCCUUAAUUUUUUGUAGGAAUCCAUAUUUGUUGGUUCGGAGUACAGAGCGAUUUCUGAUCCCACGGUAUGAGAUCAUUAAAAGUGUUCUUGUUUCUAAUGAGAAAGUAGUUUUGGUCCUGAAACGCAUGGGAAGAACUUUUCCGGUGAACCGCUUUUCUAACAAUUUAUCAUACUUAAGAGGCAUUGGAGUCCCUCAAUCUUUAAUAUCUCACUUGGUCACCCAGUGUCCGUCAGUCAUGUGCCAAGAAGUGGGCAAGUUUGCUGAAGGGGUUAAAAAGGUUACAAAUCUAGGAUUUGACCCUUCAAAAACUGCAUUUGUUGAGGCAGUUCGUGUUUUCUAUACGCUGUCAAAUAAAACAUGGGAACAUAAGAUGAAGAUGUAUAGGAGGUGGUGUUUCUCUGAAGAUGAGAUUUGGUUGAUUUUCAGAAAGCAUCCCAUAUGUAUGACAAUUUCUGAGGAGAAGUUCAUGCGUACAAUGGAUUUUCUUGUGUGCAAGAUGGGUUGGCAGCCUGCUGAUGUCGCUAGAGUUCCAGUUGUGUAUUGUUUUAGUUUGGAGAGGAGGAUCAUGCCUAGAUGUUCGGUUGUAAGAGUUUUGCUUUUAAAGGGUUUGAUUAAGGCAGACAUCCGUUUAUCAUCAGUUUUGAUUCCUUCUGAAAAGCGCUUCUUAGAAAUGUUUGUGAUCAAGUAUCAAGAACAGGUGCCUCAAUUGUGGGAUCUCUUUAAGAGAAAAGUGGAUCUUACUGAACCAGGUUUUGGUUUUGAUGAUAAAUCCGGGAUUCUGGGUUAGGAAAUAUACGGUAUGCAGCAUGUCAAUCUUAAACCCAUGGAUUUCUGUUUAUAGAUGCUUUGUAAUUGGUUCUUCUAACUUCUUGGUGACCUGGCAAAGCUUGAACGACACUGAAUAAAUUUUUGAGUUCCGUACUGAUAGAAUAUGAAAACAAGAAACUUGGUUUCUUCCUAUGGGAAUGGAUAUAAAAAGUUUCAUAUUGCUAAGCAAGAAUUGAAGGUGGAAUUUGAUCCUCUUAACCUUGAAAUUUGUUUUUUGCUUUUGGCACUGUAAUUGGCUGGUGAACAUAAGAUAUCUGGAUCUUCCGGUGGUGGAACUGCUUGCACCUAUUGCUAGAUACACGAGCCUUUAAAAGGGAAUCAUCACCCGGUGCUCAAAUCACUGGUUUGUGCUGAAGGAGUAAUCAUACCCAGAUACUCUAGUCACUGGUUUGUGCUGAAGGAGUAAGUAAGGAAUAGUAAAAAUACUUUAUCAAUUGAAGAAUCUACUUCUUAUACCCAGCCAUGGAUGGAUCCGGUAAGUAUAUGGACCACAGUGCAAUAGAAACAAAUAAGCAAUUGGAUAUGGUAGUUUCAGUGGACCCCUAGCUAUAACAAGAAGAAAGACAAUAUGGAGAAGGGGGCAGAUUGUGAAACCCGUAAUGCUUAUGGCAUGUGAAAUACGCUUGUUUCAAACUCCAUGAUAUACCAAUUGAUAUGAAGGGUUGAAGGAGAAGACUAAGAAUCAACCGAGGAUGGCAGCUCAAAUUUUAGCUGACACCCCACUGGAAGUGGGAAUACUUCGAGAAAAUCACAGUGUUACUAGUUUGUUGAAACCCUAUUCAAUGGAGAUUGCCAAGUUAACAACUGCUGAGACUUGUGCUAAUGUUACUAAUUUUAUGGGUAAUAAUUCUCUGGUUCUCUCACAGGUAACAUAAUUCUUUCUAAAAAUUUUUAAACCAACCAACAUGUUGAGGAACUUAACUGCCUAUGCUAGUGAAAUUCUAAUGCUUAGUGUUUCUUGCACAUUAUACUAUUAUAAUUGCCUUUACAUGAUCUUUUGUACAAAGUGCAUUGUGAUAUUUUUUAAUAGUGCAUGCGAAUAUCAUGCAACACAAGCUUAAAUCUCUUAUUAUACCAUACAUUUGAUGCAUAUGAGAGUAGAAUAAGGUGAACUCUUUCCAUCUUGAAUAAGAUAGGUGUAUUGUCAUGGAGUUUCUUUUUAAACCAUUCUUAUAACUGAUGCAGAAGCAUUCUUUCUCUAUUUUGUCAAGUUGAUUCUGUUGUCAUUUAAUGUGGUGGUAGGAGUAUGAAAGGAAUAAUAAUUGGUGAAAAUACCAAAUUUGACCCUGAACUAUACUGUUGAAUCCCACAUCGGUUUGAAAUCGGUUUGGAAUAGGGAAUAGGUAAUGUGUCCCUUAUAAGGGUCACAAGCACUCCUUCCCUUGAGCUGGCUUUUGAGAUGAGUUAAGUCUGACCCAAUUUUAACAUAUACGAUAGGGAUCAAAGAUAUCAAAUUUCAUUUUUUAGUCCAAUUUUUUCUUUGAACUAUCAUUAAAAAGCCAAAUAAGGUCAUCACUUGUUAUGGUUUUAAAGUCCAAGCUAUAAUCUACUUAGUUUAUUUAAUUUUAUAUGGACUUAUUUGGCCUUUUAAUGAGAAUUUAGGGGGAAAUUUGGAUUGAAAUUUAAAAUUUGGUAUAUUUAAUCCUUGUAUGGUUAUUUGACCUUUUAGCUGUAAUAAUUCUACAAUCUCAAAUACAUGAGGUAUUUUAUUGAAAUCAAUCUGUGUGGUUUAGUUUCGACCUUGUUGGAACUUAAUGCAGCGACCGUGUUCAUUUACAAGCAAUAUGAACCGGACAUUGAUGGAAUAGGAAAGGUUUCUGCUGGGCAGUAUAGGAUUUAAAGAGGUGACAUGAGGAAACUCCCCACGACAGUGUCAUCAUUUGUACAGACAAAAGAAUCCUGCAAAAAGAGAAUAGACCUUCUGUGGCAAAUGAGGAAAAGAAAAAUGACGUGUGGAGGAUCUGCUAACUCUUUUGCGCAUUUGCUAGAAACUGUAGAAAGAUGAUCUUUUUUCUAAGAGGAUUUGAAUGGUUGGCUUUUUAUUUUUAUAGACAUACUAUAGUUUCUUAUUUUGUAAACUUCUAAUGUUAAUCAAUGGCUUUAUUGAUUACAGAGCUUCA